ACGAGUUUUUUGUGAAUUUUCAAAGAAAAACUAUGAAUACGCUUUUGAAGCUUAUUUACCAAAAAAUUUGAUAAAUUUGAUAAAAUCCUUUGUAUGGAUUAAAUUCUUCAGCUUUCAGUUCAUUCUAGAUUGAAACAAGCAGUUUAAUUCAAACAAGCCCAAUACAGUCUUUAUCAGUCGUUGUUUGUUUAUAUAAUAACUUUUACUCUGAAUUAAAAAUGUCGGCGGGAAGAAAAAGACUGGAAGACGCUUUGCAAGUUGGAAAAGAGAUCGAAAACAGCCAAAACAACGGGUCAACACCAGUUGCAGCUCAUGGUCUACCAAAGGUAUCAUCCAUCAAGGAUUUGGAUUUUGGAGACAUUAUGGGAGUGUUCAGUGUACACUUGUCACAGAAUGCUCAGUUUCUGGCAGCUGGGUGUGGUAAUGGUGCAGUGCAGGUGUAUUCUAUGGAAUCAGGAAAGAAGAGACGUCCACUAAAACAUGGCUCACUUUAUGGACUUCCUGUCACAACUGUUAAAUUCCUGCCAUACAAAGAUGACAAGCUUAUGUCAACAUCAUCUGAUGGUACUAUAACAUGUUGGGAUCUUAAUGGUUGGUGCACUUUAAGUACUGUUGAUGAGAUCCAGAAUGAGAUUAGUGCCCUCGAUUUCUCACAUGAUGGCAAGAUAUUUGCAACUGCUGGAAAAGAUCACAAUGUCAGGGUGUAUGAUACUGAAACAAUGCAGAUGAAAAUACUCUUUGCUGGUGCAGAGAUUACUGAAAGAGCAGUAGAUUUGGAUGUGGUCAAACCUGAAAGUGGACAUGGAAGAAAAGUGUUUGGUUUAAAGUUUCAUCCUUUUGAUGAUAAUGUGUUUCUGACUGGUGGUUGGGAUCGUUGUUUAAAGAUAUGGGAUGUACGAGUUGACCAGGUGGUGCGGUCUAUAAAUGGGCCAUACAUCUGUGGUGAUGGUAUUGACAUUUUCCAGGAUGACAUACUUACUGCUUCCUGGCUCAAUCAAAAUGCACUGCAGGUUUGGGACUACACUAGUGGAAAAUUGAUAGAAGACAUUCCAUUUCCUUGUCAUGAACAUGGUGAAUUCUUGUAUGUCGGCCGUUUCUUGUGGAAAGAGGUCGUGAUAGCAGGUGGAAGUGGUACAAAUGAUGUCAAGAUUAUUUCACGAAAUCCUUACAAGGUAAUUGAUUCCAUUGACGAUGAAGGGAAACCAAUACAGGCUCUUGAUGUGUUAACUGGUGCGCAACUCAUUGCGCUUGGUGGAACUGGUACCCAUGUCAAACUUGUUAGUUUGUCAACAUAGUGUUUAUACAGAUUAUAAGUGUUACCCUAGCCCUACAAACAUAUGUUAUAUAUUUUUAUUACUUGCAUAACUGCCAGAAGUUGUAUAAAGAAGUUGUCAAAAACAAUGGCAGAUCCAGGGAAAGGGUGGGGAAGGAGGUCACAACAUGCUUUUCAUAUCAAUUCAAUAUCUUAACCCUUGUCGUCUCACAUUACGGUAUCAUCUGCUGACCCCCUGAACCUCUUUAAAAAAUACUGGGUCUGCCCAGUGCUCUAGUUAAGGGUGUUAUGGGAUCUUAAUACAGAGCUAGAUAAUAUAUUAUUUAGUUAUAUGUAAAUGUAUUGUUCCUGAUGCCACAGAAUAUUAUAUGUUUAUAGAAAAUUGUAUUAAAUGAGACUCUAAUUUGUAACCUGUCCAUUGCACAUCCUGUAAUUGAUGUAAUGGCUAUAUUAGUAAAUUAUUUCAUCAUUGUGGUAACUGGAAAUGCUGAAAGCACUCCAUCCAUCAUGCCUUUAAGCAUAUUUAUAAUAAAAUGAACCUUUAUACACCAUGUUUAA